ACAUUUACAAAAUAAAUAACACCCCCUAAUCCCUCCUCCGCUGCCUAAUUUUGUCAAAAAUGAAUUUCAGGAGUUACACAAUAGUUUUGAAUCUGAACCCUUGGAUAUGACACAUAAUCUAAGGCUACUAAUCCAUAUUGUGGCUUAUUAAUUAAUUAAAAGGCUAGGAAUAAGCAUCAGUGUUUAUUUUUUUGGUCAACAUGGUCAACCAUUUUUUCACCUAUAUUAAACAACCUUAACAAGUACUAAUUUCCUCCCUGCAAAUUAGUUCUUUCACUAAUUUGGUUUCACAUACACUCCUUUCAUGGAAGUCAUGGUAAGAGGAGGUAGUGAUGGUGCUAAACAUGAAAAUAUGAAGGAGAGUAACUUUUCCAUGGAUCAAUCAGCCAUAGAUAGGUUCUUAUUGGGUCAACAUAGCUACCACAUCCCUCAUCACCAGCCACUAGUAGAGAACAACAUUGCAAGGAGCAACAACAAUGUUGCAAGUGUUUUCGGUGAGGAGUUCUCCAAUUUCCCUUUCUCUGGUGGUGGUUCAACCCAUGGACUUCUAUGGCCCAACACUCAAGAAUCAUGCUUUGUUGAUGGGCUCUUUGCAAAGGAAGAGGCUUUGAAGUGGUCAAGCAUCAACCAAAACCCCAUGUUGCUUAUGAAUUUGAAAGACAUGCAUGUUACUGGCAAGAAUGGGAAAGAUAUAGGAAGAAAGAGGACUAAGAAAGAGUCUUCUAUGCCUUUGAUCAAAGGACAGUGGACCAAUGAAGAAGACAGGAAAUUGAUAAGUUUGGUGAAGCAAUAUGGUGAUAGCAAAUGGGCUAAAAUAGCUGAGAAGUUAGAAGGCAGGGCUGGCAAGCAGUGUCGUGAGAGAUGGCAUAAUCAUUUACGUCCUGACAUUAAGAAAGAUAGUUGGAGUGAAGAAGAAGAGAAGGUCCUAGUAGCUACCCAUGCCAAGAUUGGAAACCGCUGGGCAGAGAUUGCAAAGCUGAUUCCAGGAAGAACGGAGAACGCGGUCAAGAACCAUUGGAACGCGACCAAGAGGAGACAGUAUUCGAAGAGAAAGAACAAGAAAGCUGCUGAUCAGAGCUCUAAUGGAGGAAAACCACACACCUCCAUACUUGAAGACUAUAUCAGAAGCAAGACUCUGACUUGCACCACCAACCCCACAACAACAACUAAUUCCAUGUCCUCUGUCUCCAACAGAACAACACUACUCUCUCAGCUGGACAUUUCAUCAAACAGUUACAAUGCAAACCUUGUGUUCCCUGACCCCUCUGAUUCUCUUGCCAAUGAGGUGCUCUUCAUGCAACAGAUGUUCAAGGAGAAUCAGAAUCAGCAAUCACUUGUCAAUGUUGAAGCUUCUAAGCAUAACAAGAUGGCUUCAAGUUCAGCCUCUCACUUGGCAUUUUGCCAAACAGAUAUUGUUCAUGAUGUGACAGAGUGUGGGUUUGCCUACUCCUUCCAAUACCCAGAUCAUAACAUGCACUUGGGUGAUAAUAAUCUUCUUCAUAGAGAGACUGUUACCCCCACAAACUACCAUCCUUCAGAUCUUUAUGUCUCUCACUUGCUGAAUCUAUAG